AAUCAGUUCAUUCAUGUUACAGUAAGGAGUUUGGGAAGGUGGGGGUCUGAACCUCGCAUGCCCCCCCACUCCCCGAGUCAGCCCUCUCUAAUUAGAACCAGAGCUUCUUAUAGGAAACAAUCUUCCUGUCUGAUGACUUCAUUGCUAAAUCCACAGGAGUGAGAUGGGGGUGACCUCAGCCUGUGGAUUUGCUCUGUGUUUUUCAACACCCAAACAAAUCCCAAGAAAAGCACCUUGUGAAGAUUCGAGUGUCAGUAGAGAGGUGAACAGUUGGGUGGAGUUGAGCCACCAUCUCCUACACCAGGGGGUUUUAAACAGUCCCUCUUAUCCCCCAGGCACAGUUUUCAGUUGCUGACUUUUUUGUCAGUGUCCACAGAUUGUCAGCACUGUACAAACAUCUGUGUAUGAAUGAGUGUCGUUGUUCCAGGAAUAUAAGUUUCCAAGCUAAUAAUUUAGGCACAUCUUAGAUAACGUUGUUCUCGGAAAGUAAAAAGGCCACUGUGUCUGUGUCUGUCUGUGGGUGUGUGUGUGUGUGAAUGUACGUGUGUCACAUGUGUUCAGAUUUGACUAAUGACUCUGGAAAUGAAUGACAUUCAACGCAAAAUGUGGAAAUGCCGCAUUUGUACCAUAACUACCUCCAUCACAUCAUCUGUGUGUCACAGCCUCUGCUGCACUUCCAACAGUUGACCGUGUUGUUCAACAAAUCAGUGGGCCAAACUACAAUAACUAACUUCCCACUGAUUCUACAACACAUGCUCCCGUCUUUAACAUCUCUCACACUAUCUUUGCCUCAUCUCUUUCCCUCCACCUCUGUCCUGGACUGAUGUAAACUGUUUUUUGUAAUAUCAAGUGUGAUAAAUGUUCACGGAUUCAUUUUGUUUUCAUUGUGAAGCCUCUCCGCUACUUGAAACGCAGAUAUUUUUGCUGUUUCUCAUGCAGAGUCAGUAUUAAGAGAAAUGAUCUGGCAGUGUUCUGAGCCAGACAGCGCUGGUAUGAUAUGUGUGCAUGAUUUCCCAAAUUGGUUCCCAUUUCUUUCUGCUUUCAUGUAUUUUCCUCACAAAACACCGUACUGUGUGUCUGGACUUGUUUUAGACCCCUUCAAACACUCCUAUCAUUACCAUUUUUCCUUAAAGCAUCAACUUGAAACAGCGCCAGAUAGAAAGCAGUAACCGCAUGUAGAGCCAGUGUUUUGGAUGAGUUUGAAAGAGUCCCAGAGAAGAAAGGGGGAUAAAUAAUAACAGUACUAAAAGGAAAAGCAUAAUAAAGGCCUAGUUUUCUUAGGGAAGUGGAAGCUUUCAUCUUUCUGUGACAAUAAUGUUCUCAAUGAGUCCAUAGGCCUGUGCUUAGUCCAGGAAGCUUCGAGUGGUAGACAUGAAAGGCUUCAGUCAGACUGUACAGACAGGGCUCUCACUGCAGUAUGGCAUCUAUCCUCUCCUACCUGUCCUUUCUUCUCCUCUCCUUUGCUCUCCCCUCUUCCCCCUCCUCCCACACGAUAAAGGUCACGGGGAGCUGUGUGGCUUGCAAUGACGGUAAACCCUAACACCACACUCACACCCACAUCCACACCCGUCUGAGGCCCCCAGGGUUUAGGAAACAGAGCAUUAUUUUCAUGUUACGACGUCAUGAGCCAACCCCUUUGCAGCUGUUGCAUGCUUUACAACUCUGUGUUUACCGCCACCUCUCAGCUAAAGGUCUCUCUGUGCCAGCACCAAAACGCUCAUAUUUCACAUUUCAUACAUAAGCUGUUUUUUUCCCCUCUCAUUAACUGGGUUCUUGGAUUUGAACGGUUUCUUUUUCUUACAUGUUGAGCCUUCGCUUUCUCUCGCUAAUGACUCCUAAAUGGUGCAUGAGCCAUGUGUGGGAACAGGUAAAAUGUGUUGCCAGAUGGUUGUGUUCUUACAAAAGCCAUAUUUUACUUCACUGCCUGUUCACUCAUUUAAUCAUCUCAAAACAAAACAGAUUAGACACUCGGGAUUAAAAUGUGUGGAAGAGAACAGGCUCACUCAUUUGGUCGGCUUUUGUUUACAUGUAUUAAUAAAAUUCUGCUUAGAAUUAAAUUAUUUUAGUUCCAGUUUGUUGGGGUUCCCCUGCAGAAAAUCUGCAUUUUUCAUGCCUGGAAUUAAUUUUUUUUCCUCUCUUUCUAAAUCCGCUCACACAUUUGUUUUCUGUCCCACCCACUUCCCUUUAUCUUUUUUUAAACCCACCUCCCCGUUGCCUCCCUUCCCCCUCGUCCUUUUCCUCUUAGCCUCAGCACUUAGAGGCUUAAGAGAGGGAUGUACCACAUGAGCCACUCCCUUCUGACAGCCACCCCUUCCCACAGUGUGGAAUGGUACAGUCCUGCUUUGCAUAAGUUUCCUCUGAGUGGGUCGUGUGUGGAGGCCAGUACUGGAAGAAUUAUUAGUCCCUUUUGAACGGUCUGGAUGUAUGUCUAGAGAGAAAGCCAGUGUGUUGCUGUAGUGUACCUUUAUCACCUAAACUCUUCAAGUUAUAAUGUACUGCGCCUACCCUGUCCCUGGAAUGGGCAGUAACUCUUUAAUGUAUUACUACAACGGGAAAUCGGUGUACGCACCAUCUCCAAACUCAGAGGACUUCAACAGAGAUUCACCAUCUUACUCUUCUCCUAAACCCUCCAGCAGUAUGUUUGCAAGCACUUUCUUUGAUGGUACCCACAGUUCAUCUGACCCCUGGAAUUCGUCCAAUGGGAUCAGUCAGCCCGGCUAUGGAGGGAUGCUCGCAGGAUCUUCAUCUCACAUGCCACAGUCAGGAAACUACAGCAGCCUGCACUCACAUGACCGUUUGAAUUACCCCGCACACUCAGUCUCUCCAGACAUCAAUGCCAGUCUUCCUCCCAUGUCCAGCUUCCACCGAAGCAACACCAGCACUUCACCAUUCGUCACAGCAGCGCACACCCCGUCCGCCAGUGCAGCCGAUGGGGUCAUGGCUGCUGCAAAUCGGGGGAACGCCACUGGAAGCUCACAGACUGGAGAUGCACUGGGGAAGGCUUUAGCCUCGAUUUACUCACCCGACCACACUAGCAGCAGUUUUCCAUCCAACCCGUCGACACCUGUGGGUUCUCCUUCACCUCUGACAGCCACAGCAGGCGCUGCCUCAGCAGGUACCGUGGUCACCGCUGCCGGCACUCCGUCUGGAAGGCCAGGUACCAACCCGUGGCCCCGUGCUGGUGGACAGACCCCCUCCUCUCCAAAUUAUGAAAACUCCCUUCACUCACUGAAAAACAGAGUUCAUCAGCAGUUGCAUGAGCAUCUCCAGGAUGCCAUGUCUUUCUUAAAGGAUGUCUGCGAGUCUCGAAUGGAGGACCGUCUGGACAGACUGGAUGAUGCAAUCCUUGUUCUGAGGAACCAUGCAGUGGGCUCCACCGCCAGUCUGCCCAGCGACAUACACAGUCUGCUGGGACAGGCACAAAAUGGGCCAAUUGCAGCCAUUGGAGCAAACUUCCCUGCCUCUGCAUUGGUUCCAAGUCGGACAGCUGCGAUGGGUGGUGCCCACGCUGACGAUUCUGCCAGUUUGAACAACAGCCAUGGAGGCCUGCCCAGCGCCAGCUCCACAUCCAGCUCAGAACUUAACCAUCAAGCGGAAGCAUUCAGAGGUCUUCCUUCAGCCCUGGCUGGCCAGGUGCCUGCCACCCUGGAGCUGAAGGUGGAGAAACCGGACAAGGAUGAGAUGCACGAUAACGUCUCAACCCAAGACAAAUCAGAUGAUGAGAGCGACAAAAAUAUGAGGACACCCAGAGCAGGCACACGCACGAGUAUCACUGAAGAUGAAGACCUGAAUCCAGAGCAGAAGGCCGAGCGUGAGCGCGAGAGGAGGAUGGCUAACAACGCCCGUGAGCGCCUGAGGGUGCGGGACAUCAACGAGGCCUUUAAGGAGCUGGGUCGCAUGUGCCAGCUGCAUCUGAAAAGCGAGAAGCCCCAAACUAAACUGCUCAUCCUCCAUCAGGCUGUGGCCGUCAUACUUAACUUGGAGCAGCAAGUCAGAGAGCGGAAUCUGAACCCCAAAGCAGCCUGCCUUAAGAGAAGGGAGGAGGAAAAGGUGUCUGGCGGCUCCGCUGAUGCCCAGCAAACCCACACAGGGGUCCACCCAGGCCUGACUGACACAUCUAACCCUAUGGGCCAUCUUUGAGUAGCAGACAGAUCAAAGAGAUCCAGACCAUUUCUGCCCGGUUUGAGUCGGUGACCUUGCUUCCCAGCAGUGACAGACAGGACUCACUUUUUGUGACACCAAUUGGAGGAGACAGACCACUUGAAGCAAAACUAUGAGACUAACACAAUCCAGUCCUAAGAUUGAAAAAGAGCCAAGCGUCCAGCUCCCUGAGACCAGUUCCCAUCUGCAAAUUUCUCCCCCUGAAAGAAAAAUCAGCACAUAUCACUGUCUGCAAGAAGUGUGUUGCUUCUGAACAAUCAGAGACUUCGCAAUCUCCUCCAACUGUAUGUGGAAAUUGCCUUGUGCCUAAACUGAAUUGACGAAUGCAUUGUAACAGCAAUUGUUUUUGUUUGUCUGUUUUGUUUUGUUUUUUUUCUAUUUAUUAUGUUAUUGAACUAUAAAGUGUAUGUCUAAAGGGAAAGUUAGGUAAAUUCAAAAAGAAGUACGCAGCUUUUCACUUGAUCUAGAGUUUGCCAGUGUCACCAUUGAAACUGAACACUCCACCCCAGUCUUUCUUUGGUGAACCUGGAACGAAGGGGAAAAUACUUGGGCACUGAGAAGAUUAAUUUAUUGGCCUGUUUAGAGUUAUAUUUAUACCCGACUUAAAAUUAACAUUAGCUGUUAGGACUGAAGAUGCAAGAGCCCCAUGUUUUGUUUUGUUUUUUUUAUGAAAAAAGACAAAAAAAUAGGAUAUAUUAUUUAUAUUUAUAUUUUGUUAAUUCUGCCACUGGCCACGUGUGAAACCUAAACUACCUAUGUUUGUUUUUGUGCAGUUUAGAGCAGUUUCUGUGUUACCGACCCACAGCGUAAUAAGCCCAAGUACAUUAGCAUCAAUAAUAUUGUCAAGGUGGCAGACGAAUGGCAAACUUUAGGUUUACUGAAAGCUCAGAUUUCCGUGUUUUUUCCCCUCAGUAGUGAGCAGUGAAAAUACAGAGAGCGAACUAUUUGCAAACCUUAGCAUUCCCUGCAUAUUUUUAGUGUCUUAACUAAAGGACGAGGGGACUUCACUGCCCGUCAAUUUCCUUUGCCAUAUAGUGUUAAAUGUAAGCGACAUAUUUUCCUUUUCUUUGUUUAGCCUCCUGACGGUUACAUGCUCCUGAUGUCAGAGUAGAGGUUGCUUUAUUUCUGUCAUUUUCGCUCCACCAGCUAAUCUGAGAUUGCUUAAUGAAGUUAAAAAAAAAAAAAGAAAGAAAGAAAAAGAAAAAAACAGAACGACGACCACAUUUUCUCCUGGCCUGAUGAACACGUCGCUUGAUUUUCUUUCUCUUCAUAUAUGAAGACAUUAAGUUUCUAAUGCAGUUAUUCUGAGUAAAAUUUAGUUAUUGCUUAUUUGUGUUGCAACAAGUCAUUUCUUUAGGCUUCCAGCAUUAUGAUGUCCAGUUUCAGUCAGCAGGAGAGGACUUAUAAGUUAUUUUUUUGAUCCAAGUCAUGACAUGAGUACAGUAAGACAGACUAGAUACUUUAUGGAUUUUGUCGAAUAUCAUAGAACUGUAGCACAAUAAUGAACAAAAACAAUUAACAGGAUUUUCGUUUCUGUUUCAAGACAUUGAUCAUAGUUUUAUUUUGUUUUCCCUAUCAGUGUGCAUGCUAUACAUUUUUUCCUUUUGUUAAGUCUUUGGUCUUAAGACUUGCUUUAUAUUCCAUUUAUUUCUUUGUAUAUUGUCUUCUGUCAUUAUCUACACCUUAAACAAGGCUGCCACAUUCAGAAUGACUAUUCUGUACAAAAAGGGACUUAAAUUAAAAUAAAAGAUGCCACACUGAGAGUUUACAUUGAAGAUUUAUCAUUUAACAAUUUUCUUUCUGUGGAAAAAAUUCAAACAAACAAACAACAAAAAGAGUUUUGUGUAUUCUCCGACUGAAUGUGGCCUUGUUCUUCAUUUCAGCGUUCAUGAGCACAUAUUCAUGUUGGCAGACUUUGAUUGAGGGUAUAAUGUAUGCCACUUCCUGCUCUCUUUCCUUCAUUGUUUUUUUUAUUUCCUGUUCUUCUUAUAUUUCUUUGCUCCUCUGUUUGCCAAGUUAGACUUUGCUGUAUUCCCAGAUGCUUUCCCUUGUAUAAUAUAUGAAAAAAAAAGAAAAUCAAAAGGAAAAAAAAAAAACAUUUGGCUUAUUUUUCACUGUAGUUAGUCUUUUAUACAAUAAUACUGUAAGAAUAUUUCUUGAAUUCUAAAUAUUACUCUUUCUAGAUUUUUGAAAGCAAAAGUUUUGAGUAAAAAGUUUCUUACUUUAUUUUACUAUAUUAGAUAGUAAAAUGUACGGUUAUUUACAAUAACCUGUCCAUUAUUACAGGAAAUUUACAAAUGGCAUCUCAAGAACAUAGUUGAAUUGUUGCUCGUAGUUCACUACUUUAAACAAAAAGCUUCGUACGAGCUCUGGAUUCCUAAAAGUGCGACCUCAAUCUUAUUCUUCAGUCUCGGCUGUUGAUCGAUAAAAAGAUUUGUUCUUGUGUCAAAUAAAAAGGUAUUGUCAGCGCACAUCAAAAAACUGCGGCAACGGGAAUUUGAAUUUUCUGUCUUUUUCAACAGAAAAAACUUGUAUAUAACAUUUAUGUUGCAAUAAAUGUGCCAUCUUUUUUUAAACUCAA